GAGGCCAAUAAAUUUUAUGGCUGCUGAGUUAUGAAGUUCUAAAAGUAUAAAGGAGGUAAAGAAGAUAAUUAAUUUCUUCUCGGACUGAAAGCCCAAUAGACUCCAGGACUAUCAAUUCAUAGAGGAACGCACAAUGAAGCUCUUGUUAGGCUUGUUGUUCCUUCAGUUGCUCUCCUCAGAAGGUGAUGCAGAUCAUCUGGAAAACCAGGAGAAACUAAAGGCUCUAGGAAGCUUCCAUAUUCCAUGUGAUCAGAUGAUGUCAUCUGAGAGCCCUUCAUCCUCAGUUCAUACUCUGCGGCCAGCUGACGUAAAAAUAGUCACUGCAAUAGGAAGUUUGCAAGGAAUACAAGGACUUGGUGUACAUCAUGAGCACCUACUCCAAAGCACAGGAAAGAGCCUCCUUGAAGUGAGCGUGGAAACUUUAGCAGCUCUCAUUAGCAGUUUUAACCCAUCGGUCCUCCACCAGCCUCCUCUGCCUAGCACCAAGAGAGAGACAUCAGACAGUCAAGCCACAGACCUCCUGCACCAAGCUGAGCAAAUAGUGAAGCUCAUGAAAGAGAACCAGGCUAUGGACUUCCAGAACGACUGGAAACUUAUCACAGUGUUUUUUAGUGCUGAAAACCCAUGUUCUUCCUGUGCCUCUGCACUACUGGAGAACUGCGUAUUAGACAACCUGCAAAAAUUCAAACCUGUCUUGGAUUUUUUGUAUAAUGAGGUUCCCAAGGCCUUUGUAAAUCUGGUGGAUUUCACUGAACUCACAACUUCACCUUUUGCAUGCCAAGAUUACAAUAAUGCCAGUAAUCAGUGUGGGUGUUUUGGUGAACACUCCAUAUUCAGCAAUAACAUCUUGAGAUGGUCCUAUCAGGAUGCCUGGGAAAAGCUACUGGACUAUAAGAAGUUUGAUCAAAAGAAUGACUUCACUGUCGUUGUCCAGCCUUCUCCUCAAGAAAAUAAUCUGCUGAUCAGGCUGGGCAGGGAUGGUUUCAAUACCACAUCAAAGACACAAGAGGAAACUCUGGGAGAAGAUUAUAUUUCCAUAGCUUUGGGUCUCUGGAACAACAUGAUGGAGCCAGUUGGACAGAAACAGCCUUACAGUGCCACAAAAAUACUUCAGAUCCAGUGCCCAUCUCAGGAAAAGCCCUAUUUGUUUACAUAUGCAAAUAGUAACUACUCGUCUUCCCCAGAGACAUCAAACACCAAAGAAACAUCCCAGGAGAGGAUUUAUGGAACAAACAUCCCCUGUUUUGACCGGGAUCCCUCUAAUACUAUUCCAGUUUCAGUUCACAAUUUGAAACCAGCAGAUAUUAAUGUGAUUGCUGCCCUGGGAGAUUCACUCACAGCAGGCAAUGGGGCAGCAUCCAAACCCCAAGAUGUUCUUGAUGUCCUGACUCAAUACCGAGGUGUUUCUUGGAGCGUUGGAGGAAAUGAAAACAUAAGCACAGUCACGACACUGGCAAACAUUCUUCGUGAGUUCAACCCAUCCCUGGUAGGGUAUUCCACUGGCACUGGGAAGCAGACUACAGAGAAUGCUGCCCUCAACCAAGCUGUGGCAGGGGAUCGUGCAGAGGGUGUUCCUGCCCAGGUUAGAAGACUAGUGGAACUUAUGAAGAAUGAUACUAGAAUAAAUAUGCAGACAGACUGGAAGCUUAUAACACUGUUCAUAGGAGGAAAUGACCUGUGUGAAUUCUGCAACGAUCCAGUACACUUCUCUCCUGAAAAUUACACCUACAAUCUGCAGACAGCUUUGGACAUACUCCACAGAGAGGUUCCACGGGCAUUUGUGAACCUGGUGACAAUUCUUUCCAUAGCAAACCUUCGGGAGCUACACACAUCACAAAAUACCUGCCCAAAGCUGCUAAUGAGGAUGCUGUGUCCUUGUGUCAUAAACCCGAGGAACAAUUCCAGUGAGCUGAAGAAGUUGAUCUACUUCAACAGAAGAUAUCAGGAGAGAACCCGCCAGUUAGUGGAGAGCGGAAGGUACGACACUACGGAUGACUUCACAGUGGUUAUGCAACCAUUUCUGACGAACACAAACAUCCCAAGGACGCAGGAGGGGUUGCCAGACCAUUCCUAUUUUGCCCCAGAUUGUUUCCACUUCAGUCAGAAGUCACAUUCCCAGACUGCACGUGCUUUGUGGAACAACAUGCUGGAACCUUUAGGGGAGAAGAGAGAUAAUCAGCAAAUGGAAGAUGAGAUUGUUCUCAAAUGUCCAAGUGAAACCGAGCCAUUCCUGAGGACAUAUAAGAACAGCAAUUACACAUACCCCAGCCAAACUCCAGAUUAUGGAAGCCAGCUGCUAUGCGAGGACAGGUCUCCAUCCUUCCCUCCUGCAACUUCAGUGCAUGCCCUAAAGCCAGCUGAUGUGAAAAUUAUAGCAGCCCUCGGGGAUUCUUUGACGGCUGGCACAGCAAUGGCCUCAGAUAAUCUCCUGGAUUUGAACAUCGAAUACCGGGGGCUGUCCUGGAGUAUUGGAGGAGAUGCAUCAUUAGAGAAUGUGACAACUCUACCUAACAUCCUUCGAGAGUUCAAUGCUAUGCUUGUGGGCUACUCAACUGGCAUUGGGAGUGUGAAUGAUUCAAAUGCAUUCCUUAACCAGGCAGUUCCUGGAGCACAGGCUGAGCACCUAUCAGCCCAAGCAAGAAAUCUCCUGAGACUAAUGAAAACUGAUCCUAGAAUUGACUUAAGUGCUGACUGGAAGCUCAUAACAAUCCAUAUUGGAGGCAAUGAUCUGUGCAACUAUUGCAAGGACCCUGAUCACUACUCAGCUGAGAAUUUCACCAGAAGGAUUCAAGAAACUCUUGAUAUUCUGCACAAGGAGGUUCCAAAAGCUCUAGUGAGUGUAGUUGAUGUGAUGAACCUCCUCGGCCUCAGACAGUUGUUUGUGGAUAGUCAAGUUCAGUGCCCGACUUACAUGGCAGAUUAUCUAUGUAGUUGUGUUCUCACAGGAGAAGACAACUCACUGAAUUUAACUAUGGUGAGAGAAGCCACUAACGCUUACCAGCUUGGCAUUCAGAGACUAGUGGAGUCUGGCAGAUACGACACUCACGAAGAUUUCACGGUUGUCAUCCAGCCCUUUCUCCAAAAUCUCAAGAUUCCUCUUGGUCAGGAUGGGCAUCCAGACAUCUCCUACUUUUCACCUGACUGCUUACAUCCAAGUCAGAAAGGACAUUCUCAGCUUGCCAGGGCUCUCUGGAAUGCUCUGCUACAGCCUGUAGGCCAGAAAGCAGACUCAUUUGACUACGAGGCUGACGUUGUCCUCGACUGUCCAGCUCAGGAUAAACCAUUCCUGGGAACAUAUAAGAAUAGCAACUACACCUAUCCACCUCUGGAGCCCACUAAUACACCAACAGAGAACUGGGGCAGUGACCUGUCAUGUUCUGAAUGGGCUCCAUCCAGACACGUCCCAGCAUCAGUACAUGAGCUAAAGCCUGCUGACAUCAAGGUCAUAGGUGCACUGGGAGAUUCCCUGACUACCGGAGUAGGUGCUGACCCAACUGACCUACCAACAGAAUUGAGGGGACUUUCCUGGAGUAUCGGAGGUGAUGGGGCCCUGGAGACCCACACUACUUUACCCAAUAUCUUGAAAAAAUUCAAUCCGAACAUCUUUGGCUUCUCCAGUGGCAGCUGGAAGGAAACAGCUGGAUUCAAUGUUGCUGAAGGAGGGGCCACAGCACGCUAUAUGCCAGCCCAAGCACAAAAAUUGGUGGAACUAAUGAGAAGUAGCUCGGAAAUUAAUUUCAAGGAUGAUUGGAAGCUGAUCACUGUCUUCAUUGGAGGCAACGACCUAUGUCAGUACUGCUUGGACAAGGAAACCUAUUCGGUGCAGAAGUAUGUAAAGCACCUUCAGGACAUGCUGGAUAUUUUCUACGAGGCGCUCCCGAGAGUCUUUGUCAGCAUGGUGGACAUCCUGGACAUCUCUGGACUGCGCCAGAUCGCAGCAAGCUCCUCAGGGUGCGCUUUGACGAUAAAGAAUCUUUGCCCAUGUUUCUUCAACCCUGAAGAAAAUUCUUCUGAACUACAAGAAAUCAAGAGAGUUAACAGAGAUUAUCAGGCUGAAGCUUUGCAGCUUAUCAACAGCGGUCGGUAUGAGGAGCGCGAGGACUUCACAGCUGUCAUGCAGCCCUUUUUCCGGAACACUUUGUUGCCCCUGGAUAUCGAUGGCAAACCAGAUCUGAGUUUCUUUGCUGCAGACUGCUUUCAUUUCAGUGCAAGAGGAUAUGCUGAGAUGGCCAUGGCCCUCUGGAAUAAUAUGCUGGAGCCAGUCGGAGAAAAGCAGACUUACAACAACUUCACCCACGAUAGAUCAAAACUCAAGUGUCCAGACCCAGACAAACCAUUUCUUUCCACAGUGAGAAACAGUGGUUUCAGAAAUUCAGAUCUCAACUCGGGGAAAACUGAACCUUUGGUCCCUUAUUGGGCUGUCAUUGUGGCUGCAGUAGCUGGAGUCUUGGUGGGUUCUUUAUUCACCUGGUUUGUGUCAGGAAGAAGAGCCAAGAGGCAACUACUUAAUGCAGAAAACAACACUAAAGAGACAGCUCUGUAAAGCAAAUGGAACAAACAUCUUUCUCUGGUGAAGCUGCUCAUGUGAUGCAGACAGCAGCAGAGACAGAAAAAAAACCCCAAACUUUUUGGAUAUGAAUGAAGCUUCUUGGUCAGCCAGAGACUUUUGGGGCAAAUAAUCUUGAUCAGAAAUGCAUUAUAGUGUUAGCAUCUGCGGAUCAGUCAAGGGGAGGAUGGAGGUUAAGCUGCUUUAUUCUAGGAUGCAAUUCUCCACUUCAUUAAUAUUUUUCAGGAUGUCAGUUGCUUGCAUGACAUGAGCAAACUUGUUCAUUCAUCUUGGUGCCUUAGAUGAGCGUCUGCCCUUUUUCUUUAAAGCUCUGUGUAAAAUGUUAGACACAAGUCCAUGAUUGUGACCUGGUAUUAGCCAAUAGCAAGGUGAGAGAAAGAGAAGCUGCAGGUUCGUGUUAGACUCCAGGCAGAGUAUUACAUUGAAGAUUCUACAGUCAUUCUACACAGGGAAGUAUAAUGCCAUGGAAACAUCUUUAAGCCAACCUCUGAGCAAUCUAGACCAUCAUCCACUGGACAUCCAUGGUGCAGUGAUGGGCAGCACAGCUAGAAUUACUGCACCUUCUCCACUACCUUCAGUUCCAGCCUCCACCUGUCUGGGACUAGAUGUUAAUCCGGGCCACAGGAAUCACUUCUUCUCCAAGUCUAAAUAGCCCAGGACAGUCCUGUAUCCUCCUGCCCACUGCUGCACAGCAACCGGUUCCAGAAUGACUCUCUGAAGAAGGAUUUUUCUUCAGUAGCAUGCAAUAGGGGUCUAAAGAAAAUCAAGGUACUCAUUUGGCAACCUAGCCUGACUAAACCCUCCUCACAGGACCUGUGGUGUGCUCAGAUCUCCCAGGCUGGAGUCACAGAAUCACAGAAACAUCCAGGCUGCAGAAGAUCCUCAAGAUCACCAAGUCCAAACACGUCCACCACCUCCCUGGGCAGCUCAUUCCAGUGCCUGACCACUCUCUCCAUGAAAAUCUUUUUCCUAAGGUCCAGACUAAACCUAUCCAGCCUCAGCUUGUGGCCAUUCCACUUUGUUCUGUCUCCAAUUACCUGUGAGAAGAGCCCAGCUCCAGCCUCUCCACAAUGUCCCUUCAGGUAGUUGUGGACAGCAAUGAGGUCUCUCCUCAGCCUCCUCUAACUCAAACUAACCAUCCCCAGCUCCCUCAGUCACUCCUCAUAAGAUUUAUUCUCCAGGCCCUUACCCAG